CAGAAAGCACAGGGGUAAUGCGUCAAAGAUGACUGAAAGUCACCCACCUAAGUAUGUGGUCCUCAGUCUGCUUCUGAUUCAAGGCACUUUUGGUCAACAAUGGGGAAUAAACAUUACUGAUGUCCACAUCUGUGCUGUGAGAGGAUCAUCAAUGAUCAUGCUCUGCUCAUUCAUGCAUCCGCCUGGCCUUAGAGUGACCAAAGUCUUCUGGACCAUAAAUCCUCAGAGACAUACAGAGCCCACUAACCUGUUAGAUAUCCCACAAUACAAGGAUCGAGUCGUGUACAGUGCAGACAUCGGCAACAACUGCACACUGACUCUGAGAGAGUUGACUGUGGCAGAUGCAGGAGUGUAUCACCUACGGAUUGUUACUGAACAAGAUAAGGAAAAAUGGCUGCAGCAACCUGGCUUCCGUUUGACAGUAACAGACCUCUCUGUUUGGAUUCUCGGGCCAGUGCUUGCAGGCAAUGAGGUGGAGGUGAGCUGUAAUAACUCCUGUGAAUUGGAGGACAAUGCCACUGUAUUAUGGAAAAAAAAUGGUCAAGAUGUUUCUGGUGAUCAAACAACAUAUGGCAGACUCCUCCUUACCAAUGUCAGUACUGAGGCGGAUGGCGACUAUUCCUGUGCGCUGAUGGGCUUUGAUGGACACCCAUCUGCCACAGUGGAUCUUAAAGUCAUGUUUCCUCCCAAGGACACCUCAGUAUCAGUCAGUCCCUCUAGUGAAACAUUGGAGGGAAGUUCAGUGAGUCUGACCUGCAGCAGUGAUGCCAACCCACCAGUGGAGAACUACACCUGGUUUAAGGUGGGUGAUUCCACCCCAGUAGGAUCAGGACAGCAGUACAGCAUCAGUUACAUCAGAUCUGAGGAUGGAGGACAGUACUACUGUGAGGCCAGGAAUGAACAUGGAGCUGAGAAUUCUACUGCUGUGUCCAUUACAGUUACAGAUAUCGUAAGACAACGAUAUACAGCAUUUGUCAUUAUUGGCAUCCUUAUUCUUGGAAUUGUGAGUUUGUCUUGCACAAUACAUUGGAUUAGAGGGAGAAGUGGCGACGAAGACCCUCAAGGACAUGUUGACACUUCUGAGGGGAGCAAAGCUCAGGACUGCACUACCCAGUAUGCUAGCGUCCGACUCAUCAGUCCCGUGCACAGAUAUCUGAUGGCGACACAGGUGCUGUUUCUCUGAGCAGCAGAGGUGUGAAACGGGACUGCACAACCACAUAUGCUACUGUCAAUCACCACAGAGCUGCUCUCUGGUGAGUCUCCUUUCUUACCUGAAGACGGACCCUGACCUUUUAUCCUCCAGAGGAGACAGUAUGAA